AUGUCGCAGGCGAACAACCGGGGUGGCGGCAACAAGCGGUCGCGGAUAUCAUCUUCAGGCGCCUAUCGUCAACGUGAGAACCAGUCGUCAUCGUCGUCAACAAAUGUCGCUCAAACACAAUCAGGUGUAAUUAUUGAUAAUGAAACUGAAUUAUCAUCGGAAAUAAUUAAAGAACAAUUGAACAGUGUUGAUGAUAUAAUAACACAACCAAUUAUUGAAGUACCAACAAAACGUUUAUUACAUUUAAAAGAACUUGGUGGAAAUUUAUUUGUAUCAUCAUCAACAAAAAUUUAUUCAAAAAUCUUACAAAAAUUAUUUGAUCGUGUUUUAUUUACAAAAUCAUUAAAUAAUGAUGUUAAUACAUCACCAUCAGAUUUACGUGUAUUUGAACGUGUACUUGCACGUUCAGAUGAUAAUGAUGCAUAUUCAACAUGUACAUCAUUAGUACAACCAAUGUCAGCAACAAUACUUGUACUUGGUUUAACAUCAUGUGAACAUGCACUUGUAUGGAAAUUAUUACAACGACGAAAUUUUAAAAUUUUAAUAUCACCUGGUAAUAGUGGUAUAACAAUUGAUCAAUCAAAUAUUAUUUUAUCAACAAUAUUUCAAACAGAAAAAGAUAUAUUAGAUUAUAUUGAUACAAAACAAAUUGAUCUUAUUAUAUCAUUAAAUAAAACAUAUUAUUUUGAAGAACUUGAAGCACGUUUAUGUGAACGUGGUUUACAUUAUUUAGGUUGUAGUGUUGAUACAUUAGCAUUAAGUGAUAAUCAAUUAAAUGCAAAACAAUUUAUGAGUAAACAUAAAAUUCCAACAUUAGAUUGGAUACAUUGUUUAAAUGAAGAAGAUGUAGAAAAAUAUUUAAAUAAAUAUCCUAAUCAAGAACAAUGGAUUAUUCGUGCAACAAAUGGUAAUGGUUUAAUUAAUUGUAAAACUCGAGAAGAAACAAUACAAACUGUUAAAGCUGUUUUUGAGGAUCAUAUAUUUGGUAAAUUAAAUCAAUCAAUUAUUGUCGAACAUGGUUAUUCAAUUGAAAAUAAUCAAAUAUGUAUUCUAUAUAUAGUAAGUGAUGGUGAUGGUGAUUAUACACAAUUACCAAUAAUACAAUCCGAUCCAUUACGUAUGGGUGCAUAUGGUCCAUGUCCAUAUUUAACAUCAAAACAAUUAUCUUAUAUACGUCGUCGUAUUGUUGAACGUACACUUCGAUGUUCACCAACAAUUCGUCAUUUAUUUGGUUUUCGUUUACUUAUACAAGGAACAAAUUAUAAUCAAGUUUAUUUACUUGAUUAUUUAUCAACAUUUGAAGAACCUGAAGCUGAAAUACUUUUAUCAUUAUGUGAACCAGAUAUAUUUCUUCAAUAUGCACUUGAUUUACCAUCUGUACCUAUUUUACCAUUAAUAAGUAAAAAACGUCGUAUACAUUGUGUUAAUACAACAAUAACAUCAACAACAAAAAAUUCAUUAAAUAUAUCAAAUAAAAUUUUAUUAGGAGCAACAAAAAAUAAUAAAGUUAAAAUAUUUCAUAAUCAAACAGAUAUUAAUAUUAAUAAUAAUGGUACAAAUGAAACAAAUAUUAUAAUAACAAAUGGUGAAAGAAUUUUUAAUGUACUUGGUUAUGGUUCAACAUUACAAGAAGCACAAAUACAAUCAGUACUUGCAUGUGAAUAUAUUAAACAACAUACUAAUAUUGAUGAUCUUUUAUUUAAAUCUGAUAUUGGAGCUGAAGCUAUUGAAUGGUAUAAAACUCAUGGUGAUCGUCAUCAUUCAUCGACCGGUGGUUUAACAAAUGGUAAAAAGAAGAAAAUCAAAAAGAAAAAAUCUAUUAUUACAAUGAUAAAUAAACGUCGUGGUUUAACAACUCGUCGUCGAAAUAUAAAAAGUUCUGAACAAGAAAAAGACAAUGAAAAUGAACAGAUUGAAACAACAGAUGAUGAUGAUGAUGAUGAUGAAGAUGAUGAUGAUGAAAAUGAACCAAUGGAUUUUGAACGUGCAUUUGGUUCAAUAUCUGAUAUACCAAAAUUAGAACAUAUGGAUAUUCAUCAAAAUAAUGGAAAUUUUGAUGAUCUUAAUAUACAUGAAGACAUUGGUCUUGCACGUAUGAUUGAAUCAUUACUUGGUUCAUUAUCAUCAACAUUAAAUGUUGAAUUAAAUGGACAACAAUGGCCUGUGAUGCCACCUCUUUUUACUUGGAUUUAUCAACAUAGUGGUUUUAGUCAGGAUGAAAUGUUUGAAUAUUUUAAUUGUGGUGUUGAUUAUUUACUUCUUGUUGAUCAUACAAAAACAAAUAUUGAUGAUAUUCUUCGUCAAUUAACUGAAACACAUACAUCAAGUUAUUUUCUUGGAACAUUUAUAUCAAUAAAUACAACUCCAACACGUAAACCAAUUCGUUUACCACAACAACCAAUCAUAAUAUCACCACGACCACGUACUAUUCAAUUAAAAAAUAUUUCUUUUAAAUAUCCAAAACCAUAUCAAACAGCUACUGCUCUUACAAAUAAUACAUUACCAAUUGUUAUUAAAGAUCGUAUGAAACAACCAAUUGCUAAUGAUAAAACACGUUGUGCUGUACUUAUUUCAACUAAUGAUACUUCAUUACUUUCACUUCUUGCUUAUAGUACAUCAACACUUGAAUGUGCAUUUGAAAUUGUUCUUGUUCUUUCAACAUUAGCUAGUCUAUCAGAUAUAGCUCGUGUUAAUGAAUUAUAUCCAUCAGUUGUUACAAAAGUUAUUCAACCAAAAAAAUAUGCUGCACGACAUUAUGAUCUAGAUCAAAAAGUUGAUGAUGAAUUACAAUUACAUGGCUGUGAAUUAGUUAUACUUGAUCGUUAUGCAUGUCGUUUAUCACCUUCAUUUAUAAUGGCAUGGCGUGGUCGUUUAUUAAAUAUACAUUCAUCAUUAUUACCAUCAUUUCGUCAUAGUACUUCACCAAUUCGUGAUGCAUUACAAGCUGGUGUUCGUAUAACUGGUAUUACAGUUCAUUUUAUUGGUGAAUCCGAUACUGAUAAUGAUGGACCAAUUAUUGCACAAGAAAGUGUUUCAGUAUCACCACUUGAAACCGAAAUUCAAUUAGAAAAUCGUUUACGUACACUUGAACAACAAUUAUAUCCAAAAGCAAUUGAUAUGGUUGCAUCAGGAAAAAUUAUUUAUCAAGGAAAACGACGAAUGGGUAAAACAAAUUCAAUUACAACAAUAAUACCUUCAUCAUAUUAA